AUGGCUACUCCUCUUGCCCUGCCCCCAAAUACCAGUCAGGAAACCUUCGCGCGUUUCUUAGGCGAGGUUUCUAAGACCGUUGGUGAUGAGAACAUCAGAGUGGUACAAAAGCUGGAAGAGCUACACGAUGGAUCAUAUCUCGAACAGCCUCGUACCCAUGAUCCCCAUCAUAUCAUUGAUCAAGAUUAUUUUUUGGCUUCGGCCGUAAUCUGUCCACGCUCAGUACCGGAUCUUCAGGCCAUCGUUCAUAUUGCCAAUGAUUUUCAAAUUCCUCUUUGGCCCACAUCCAUCGGUCGCAACUCUGGCUACGGUGGUGCUGCUCCUAGGCUGCGUGGAAGUGUCGUUCUUGACCUUGGAAGGCACAUGAAUCGAGUACUUGAGGUCAAUGUCGACGGGGCCUAUGCUAUUGUGGAACCUGGUGUUACUUUUGCCGACCUUCACCAGUACCUGGUCGAUAACGGUUUGAGAGAUAAGCUCUGGAUUGAUGUUCCCGACCUGGGUGGUGGCUCCGUUCUUGGAAAUACUGUGGAGAGAGGUGUGGGGUACACACCUUACGGAGGCAAGUCUAAAGGCAUCUCAGGUGUGAAUGUCGAAGUACUGACUUUUCCAGACCACUGGAUGAUGCACUGCGGAAUGGAGGUCGUGCUCCCGAGUGGAGAACUGAUGCGGACCGGUAUGGGCGCGAUGCCACAGCCGAAGAAACCCGGUGAACCAGCCGUCCCAUUGCAUGAGGAACCUGGCAACAAAUGCUGGCAACUGUUUCCCUAUGGUUUUGGGCCAUACAAUGAUGGGCUAUUCUCCCAGAGUAACUUGGGUAUAGUAACAAAGAUGGGAUUAUGGCUCAUGCCAAAUCCCGGUGGAUAUCAAUCCUAUCUCAUCACAUUCCCCAGAGACGAAGACCUUCAUCAGGCAGUCGACAUCAUUCGGCCUCUUAGACUUCAAAUGAUUCUUCAAAAUGUCCCGACAAUUCGCCAUAUUCUCUUGGAUGCUGGUGUUCUUGGAACAAAGGCGGACUACACAUCGACCAAAGAACCGCUCGACGAUGCUGAGCUUGAUAUGAUAGCCAAACGCCUGAAUCUCGGGCGAUGGAACUUCUAUGGGGCCUUGUAUGGUCCUGAGUCAACUCGAAAUGCCCUUUGGGGUAUUAUCAAAGGUGCUUUCUCGGCCAUUAAGGGAGCGAAAUUCUACUUUCCGGAAGAUAUCAAGGAGAACUGUGUGUUGCAUACCAGAGACAAAACCCUCCAAGGUAUCCCGACUUUCGAUGAGUUGAAGUGGAUUGACUGGGUUCCCAAUGGUGCCCAUUUAUUCUUCUCACCCAUCAGCAAGGUUUCCGGUGAUGAUGCAAUGCUUCAGUAUUCUGUUACAAAGAGGCGAGUCCGGGAAGCAGGGCUAGACUUCAUCGGGACAUUUACUGUUGGUCUGAGAGAGAUGCAUCACAUCGUUUGCAUCGUAUUUGAUCGCAAAGACCCCGAUUCAAAGAAAAGAGCUCAUUGGCUCAUCAAGAAACUGAUUGAUGAUUGCGCAGCCCACGGCUGGGGCGAGUAUCGAACUCAUCUGGCACUGAUGGACCAGAUUGCGGAAACGUACAAUUGGAACAACAACAUCCUCAUGCGAUUCAACGAGGCUAUCAAAAAUACCCUUGACCCCAAAGGAAUCAUUGCUCCAGGCAAGAAUGGCAUCUGGCCAUCAACCUACCAAAAGAGUCUGUACAAGUUGUGA